AUGGCGCCGUACCGAGCAACAAUGCUGGCAAUCUCGGUGCUGACCUGUGUCAGAAGUGUAGACGGCACAUGGUGCUCGUCUGCAGAUUCAAGCAGCUGUUUGGGAAAGCCUCUGUUCCUCUCCAAGCUUCCGACUUACCUGGGACCUUUCGGUAUGGGCUUUGCUGCUCCCACUGCGCUGGAUUGGUAUGGGAACAGCACCCAGGGACUUCUGGUGGGAGUCGGCGAUGUGCACAUGCACACUGGACUGCGGUACUUUGAGCGCGAAGAGAACGGAAGCUUUGUGGAGCGCACGGGAUUCCGCAAUCCUUUCGCUGGAAUCGACCUGUCCUCUCACGUACUUGUGGCCCCAAGGGCUGUGGACUGGAACGCGGAUGGUAGGAUGGACCUCUUACUGGCACAUCCUUCGGGACAUGUUCGUCUCUUCCUGCAAGACGAAGAGGGCGCGCCUCAGGAGACUUGGUCCAGCUUCCUGGCUUCCAUCCGCGUGGCCAGGUGUUUCGCUCUGCCGUUUCCUGUAGAUUGGGACGGAGAUGGGCAGCUCGACUUGCUGGUAGGAGACUGUUUGGGUCACAUCCUCUAUUUUCAGGGUGUUGACGGAAGUUUCAUCCAGAGAACUGGUCCGGAAAACCCGUUUUCGGCCAUCUCAAUCGGCUCCAAUGCCAUCGUGUAUCCCUGUGCUGUUGAUCUGGACCAUGACGGAGAUCUCGACUUGGUGGUAAACAGCGUGAGAUCCAUGCAGCUGAGUUUUUUUCGCCGCACUGCAGACGGAGGCUUGCUGGAGGUAAGCGGGGAGGCAAACCCCUUUGCUACAGUUUGGGGACGCUACCCGAGCAGCAUUGACUUGGACGGCGAUGGCACGUUGGAGAUCAUGCUAAACAGUGAAGAGGGGGUCAGGUUUUAUCAGCACACGGCCGACGACCACACGCUGGUAGAGAGGUCACGCUACAUGUAUCCUUUCUCCUCCGUGCAGAGGCAAAAGGUCGAAAUAGUCGGUCUCGAGGCCACCAGCACUGGGGCACUUCACCUGUUUGCCAUAUCAGGUGGCUGGCUAAAGACUUUCGAAGGCAGAUUGGACACCCCCUUCCAGGAGCGCAUAGGUGAGUUGGUGGGACCUUCCAACCCCACGAGGCACAUGUACCUCCCUGCAGCAUCAGCAGUUUCUCGCGUGGACUGGGAUCAAGACGGCUGUCUUGAUCUGCUGGUUGGGCAAAACAGAAAUGUCCGACUCUAUCGGGGAAUCGCGUGUGGAGUUUCGGGGGAUCACCUCUGGAAGGCUUUUGAAGAAGUUGCCGACAGCCCUUUUGCAGGCAUUCAUGCCGGCAGGGGCGACGCCUACCCUGUUGCCACUGACUGGAACCGCGACGGCCACCUUGACCUGAUCUUGGGAGAAGGUUCAGGCAACAUCCACUACUUUGAGGGCACGGCCAACGGAAGCCUCGUGGAACGCACGGGAGGGCAGAAUCCCUUUGCUAUGAUUCAUGUGAAGCGCUACAGCUCCUUCAGCGUGACGGAUUGGGAUGGAGAUGGGGAGCUGGAUUUGAUCGUAGGACGAUGGACCGGCCAGCUUCGUUUUUUCAAGGGCACCGCGGGACGUAUCAAGGAGCUCACUGGUUCAGACAAUCCCUUUGCGAAGAUCAGCGUGGGCAGACGUCCUGAUCCUUUUGCUGUCGACCUCGACGGCGAUGGGCGGCCUGAUCUGGUAGUGAAAAACAACGCAGGGCGGCUUUACUUUUAUGAACGUGGCAGUUGCAAGGUGCAUUACGGCUGUGGUCGCGAGCAGCAGGAAGUAAAGGGCUUCUGUCAGGCAUCGGGCCAAUGUUCCUGCAAGAAUGGGUACGGAGGGCCGGACUGCACCCAGUGCGAAGAUCUCUACUUCUCCGUUCGCGGCGAGAAAUCGCUGAGCUCCAUGUGCAUGGCCUGCCCAGGCCUGGUGAGCAAUAAGGUGUGCAGGCGACGAGGGCGCUGCCUGGAUGACCAGGUCUUGAGAAAUGUCACUGCUAUGGCCAUGGAGGACGCAAGGGCUCUGUAUGGCCUUGAGCUGGGAAACGUUCAGCCCGGAGAGUGUAUUUGCAGUGCGCCUUUCUCUGGCCCAGAUUGUGGAGAAGGCAGCUGUCCAGCUGGACAUGCUCUGAAGCUGGACCUGCAAAGCCCCAACAGCACAACCUUGUACCCAUUGUGGGAGGCCUGCUUCCCGUGCGGGCAAGGCCGUUUUAAAGAUCUGCCGGGCAACGAGCCUGACUGCGUGAAAUGCCCCGUCGGCAAGUAUCAAGACCAGGAGGGCAGUGCGGAGUGUAAGUUGUGUCCUGCCGGCAAGUACCAGACUGAGGUCGGAUCUUCUGUAUGCGUAUUGUGCCCGCCGGGCAAGCAUUCCCCUGAGGGGGCCUUCUCGUGUUCGACAUGUUUUGGUUGCAGCUGGUGGCAUUGGCCGCUGACAACGUUUGGUUGCUGCCUGAUGCUUGUGCUGAUCUCUUUUACGACGCAUCGAUGCCUGCACUACGUGAGGAAGAGGCGUGCUUCACAAGUUGCAGAGUGCCUCCUUGCUGAAGUCCGCGAGGCGAAGAGCAGAGGCUUGACAGGUGACAAUGUUGUUGGUGAGUUGGCACCGACUUGGGCAAAGGCUCAAGGCCAGGGCUUCACUGCAGUGUGCCAAGCUGUCUUAGACGUCUUCGUCGUGACGUUGCAGAGCUGUCACGAGGACCUUCCCACCGUCCGCACGAUCAAAAGAAGUGCUGAGAAGUGGGCCUGGCAAGAUGCUGCGCGCGCAGCUGAAGAUCUGCUACUUGCGGCUCGACGGGAAUCCGAAAUGCGAGGUAUUGCGCUCGAGUACAUCCUGCAAAACUUCGAAAGUGAGGUUGCCAGGAAAGUUGUGCAGCGGGAAUGGCGGCAAGUUGAUGGCCAGGUUUGCACUUUGGACACCUGCAUCAUGAGAUACGAGGGCACUCGUGAUGUGCCUCCGGCUGAAUGGGUCUCAGCCCCCACUGCAGCGCCACCUGCAGAUCCCACAUUCACGCAAAUGGCACCAGUGCUUGCCUUUGGCGAGCUGAGUGCUGGAUAUGGGCAGUUGUGUCCUCGAGAUGGGGAAGUCCAUUGCAGCUUUGUGGACGGUGUUCAUCGACAAGGUUCGAGCUUCCAAGCGAACCGCUUCCUGUCGUGGGUGUGGGGUUACAAUCUAUCUACUGCCUGUGCUGCCUUGAGAUCAUGGCAUGAUGACCAGAGGAGAGUCAACCCAGCUUUCCGGCCAGAGACGAUUGCAAUUUGGUGGUGUUUCUUCUGUAACAAUCAGUUUCGUUUUCUCCAGGAUCAGAAAAGGCAGACUACUGCAGAUCUUUCCGUCGUGUUCGGGGAUCGCUUGAAGGCUGUUGGAAGGAUGCUCAUCCUGAUGAAUGACUUGCUGCAGCCGGAUUACGUGAAGCGUAUUUGGUGCGUGUUUGAGGUAUUCGUAGCGUCCACAAAUGACAUCCCGAUUUCUGUUUUGCUGCCUGAGGCAGCGGUGGGGCGGCAUGCUUUGGUGUCCAUCGAUCAGCUCAAGGCUACAUGCAAGGUGAACGCGGAGAAUGCCACUGCCACCUUCAAAGACGACGAAGAUGGCAUUAAAGAUCUAAUUCGAGGUGAGCACGGCUCUUUUGCUUAUGUAAACACAGUCGUGGAGCGUGCUCUUCUGUUUGAGGUCGUGCAAAUGACACGAUAA